AUGGCGGUCUCGAGACAGCAGUUUGGGUCGAAAAAUAAACCCAUCGACCGAAUAUUGCUUCUUCCCCAGGUUUCGAAGAUGCUUGUACUCAGUGCAGGCACCGUCAAAGCAUAUAUUCUUCCUGAGCUAUCUCCGGCAAACAUUGGACGGAUCAAGGACGUUCACGACGUUCGUGUGGACUACGACGAGCUGAAACUCGACUCCAAGGCAGAAAAUUAUACAGGAGCCGUGGGCCACGUUGAAGGCCGGCUGUUUGCCAGUGUCACAGUGUUCACCUCGAAAAGCAUUCGGUUGAUUCGAGUUUUUGACGAUAGCAUUAAAUUGGUGAAAGAUAUCAAUUAUCCCGACACAUUGCAUGGAAUACAUCGUGGAAAUCUAGCUGCCGUUGGCACACAGACAAAUUACGAUCUUAUAGACUUGGAUCAGGGCCAGAAAAUCCCGUUGUUCCCGUCUAACCAGACAAGCCCCAUAAUUGUGCCGUUUGGGUCCAAAGAGUUUCUGUUGGCAUGUGGUACAGCUGAAGGUCCAGCAAUGGGAAUGGUGGUGGACUCAGCCGGUGAGAUCACUAGAGGAACGUUCCCGUGGCCAGAGUACCCGAACUCUGUGGAGAUAGAUUACCCUUACUUGAUUGGAUCUUUUGGCUCUUUAGUGCGCAUAUAUUCCAUUCACGACCAGAAACUGGUACAGGAGGUCAAGUUCACGUCAGAGGUGAAGGUUCAGGGCGUUAGCCAUCUGUUCAAAGCCGAAGACGAGAAAUUAAAAGGUCUCUUGGAGAAAACUCCACUAAUAUAUCAGUCCACGCCCGAAGAGGUCCAGAAAAUUGCCGAGGAAUCGGACCAACAUUACAACGUUGUCUCAUCGCUUGUUGUGUACGAACAGAAUGGGAAGAGUAUUCAAUUGUUCCAAUUGCUGGCCAAACCAUCGCGCUUGCUUGAUAUAUACUUUUUUGCUACGCGGGAGACCAGUUUGGAGGUGUUUGACGAGAUUUGGGACGAGUACAGAAACCCACAGUUGCGAGACGAAACAGAGAAACUUUUCAUUCUUCACUUAUUGGGACUUCUUAGUCUCAAGUUUAGUUUGCUCGACCAGUGCUUUGAUAUCUGGGGUGGCUUCAUCAAACAGCUUGAUCCGAGAAUUUUGCUUUAUGCGCUGAAUGUUUCCAAAGAAGAGAUUUUCGGGUCUGUCUGGAUCUUCAAGGGACUUGUGGACGAACUGGAUGCAAUAAGAGCAACAAAAGAGCUUGCAUCGGCCAAUUCCGAGUUCUUGGCGCUGUAUUUGAGCACAUUUGUGUCUGAAAUCACAGACCAGAGCGUUUUGAAAAGCAUCGAGCUUUACUCGGCACGACAAAAGCUAGACACAGACGACUUUGUGCCGUUUUUGGCAGACAUCAAGUUCUGUCAAAACGAGAUUAUUGAGCUGCUACUGAGCACCAAGAACUACUUUUAUCUUGCCAAGUUCUACGAUAAACUCGGCAACCAGAGCCAGUUCCUGUACUAUUGGAAAAAACUAAUUAUUGGCGAGUUAAAUGAUGCCAGAUUCAAGGAGGAAGAUCCACUGGAUGAGAUGAUCAAGUAUCUGCUUGGCUGUGACCAACAACUGAUCCGCACGUAUGGAGAAUGGCUGUUGGAGACCCAUCCAGAAUACGCUCUGAAACUUUUCAUGGACUCCAAGUUGCAACACCACAAUUUUAACGACGCCAAGAUCCUACAAUUACUCGAUGGAGACCAGAAAAAAGACUAUCUGAGCUACAUGGUGACGAAAAAAGGAGAGAAACAGUUUUUGGGCGAUCUGAUCCUGUGUCAGGUGAACGAGCUUGUUGCGGCUCCCAAAAUGGACACAUUAAUUUCCAGUUACUCACAGCUACCAAUUCCCAAAUUGACGUUUGAUGAGUACCUCGAAUUGGAGCAGAAACGCGGCCAAGAUCCAACCCUCCACUUACACAACCAAAUUUACCACUACUUGCUGCAGAUCAACAAAGAUACAAUGUCCAUACUGGAUCACCAAAACGUGGUGAAGAAAUGCCACCAAUUGCUGGACAAAUUGCAAUAUCCGCUGCUUGUGAUAGCAUUGGAGUACAAACUGCGCCAUUACGAGGAAGUUAUCACGCUGUUUCUGCAAUUAGAGGAUUUUAAGUCGUCUGAAGCGUUCGCUUCGUCUCUACAUCUUGCUGGUGACAAACAGGAGCAGGACAUAGACUUCCCGUCUACAACGACCUGCGACGCCCUACAAAUGAUGGUUUUUGGGAGAUACUUGGAGAUGAACCGACCGGAGCUGAUUGAGCAGUUUCUGAGUACAAACAACGUUUUCCAGGACCUGGACAACGAGUCCAAUUGGGUAGCCAAGAUGGACAAGUUUGUUAAGCUGCUAAAUAAGGUGCCCGACACGUUUCCUGUUUGUCGACUGGCCACGUUUCUGGUGACAAACCUGACGACUUUCCAGGAUAACGUAGAUGAGACGGUGAUGUGUAGAAACCUGAGUCGCGCGCUGUGCACGAGUCUGCGUGACUUGAAAAAAUAG